UAACAGAAGGCACCAGCAUAGCCAGUGAAUAUGGGAAUUCAGAGAUGGUGCCGUGUUUUUGCACUGGGUGCUUGUACGAUGGCACUGUUCCUUUGCUUGCGAGAACCGGGGACGAGUGCCGGGGUCCAAGAGCCAUCGCAAUUUCCACCAACGAGCUCCACAAGCUCAACAACAACCACACGGCAGAAAGGCUUCACGAAGCUGGAAGUUCUGCCUACACUUCACGAGACCCUGCAAGAGACCCACCAGCCAUUUCUCCGAUCUCCGGUCUCCUUGCGAGAGAAGAACUUCAUCAUUGCAGGUGACUCAAACGAUCAGCGAUUCUUUGUGAUUUUAUGUCGACGCUUGACUGGGCGCUUUGAUCCAAUCACAUAUAUCGAGAAGGUGGCCGUCCAGAAAGGUGACUUCAAUGGGAGCAUCAUGUGGCCAGAAGCAGCUAGGACCCAAUUCUGUCAUGAUCGAGAAAGAAAUCUUACGGUGAUGUUCUUUUUUCAUUAUGGCUUAUUCAGCCUCUUACCUCAACCCCACUGGUACUUAGACUUUGCCAAGAGGAGGGCUGAGACUCACUACCCCUUAUGGCGGCGCAAAAGGUGGAUGGCCCCAAGCACAGACCUGGCGCAGUUUGUUUGGCCUGAUGUGAUUCAGCAGCUCCUUCCCAAGAGGCCCUUGAUACUUUUGCUGCAAUCCUCCAUGUGGGACAGCAUGGCCGUCCUGGAAAGUUUGGUUGGGACACGUGUCUCACAGAUGAAAGACUCCGAUCUGCAAAGACUCGCUGCAGCGCAGCUCUCCGAAGCCAACUUGUCCCAGUGGAGCUGGUUAGACCGAGCCAGCAGCUUCCUCCAGUCCUUCCAGCAAGGCAUCUCUGCACAAAAUCUCUCGGUGCAGGCCACUCUUUGGCGGACGAAUCCCAAUUGUCCGGCCGAAGCACAGCAGGGCUCUGUGGUGAUCAACCGGCUCAGCGGACUCUUCGCAGAGGCCGUCAGGGGCGCGAUGCUGAAGGGUGGGCCUUGGUCGCAAAGCUGCCUGGUGGAUUGGAGGAAACACCUGGAGAUUAAGAGUCCAAAGCAAUGUGAUCAUCAUCACUAUACAAAGGAGCCCUGGAUCUUGGCUAAGGAAGUGUGAUGCAUUUAGAGAUUGAGUGAGUAGAGAUAAUAUGAUAUAAUAUAAGUUGUUCCUUUUUCUGGAUGUUCGUCCUUCAGCCAAAGUUAGUUUUCCCAGACACUCCAUCUAUGUCAUUAUGUC